AAGCACGAGGAACCAUCGGUCGAGAAAGACACAUAUUUGAAAAAGUAAAAUAAAUUCUUUUUUGAACAGUAGAGGGUUGGAAUAUAUUUAAACUUUAUUUCAUAUGUAUGUGUUUAUCAGUUAAAACAUUUUAGCUAACAACGCAAUAGUAAAGUAUUUCAAACAAUGACAUCGGAACAUGAGCAACAGCUGAUGGAAGGAGAAGUGCGUAUUUCCCGGGGCAAGCCGCUCGUGUCCGGGGACAGCGGAUAUGGCUCCGGGGUCUCUCCGGCCCCGGUCAAGCACACCGUGUUUACAGUGGGAGAUGACGAGGAUGUUGAUGGGGACGAUAAUGUGUUUCUUUUCGACACGGGUGUACAUGAAAGUGAGAUCGACGUUGAAUAUAACAAAACUAUGCACAAUUCCGAUGAAAGUUCCGUUAAAAAACAAAAAGACGUUUUGUAUGACAGAACAACGGACAGAAAUCCCCGAGCUGUGUCCGCACCAAUUAAAAUCAAUCAGUCAUCAUCGGGCAGCCGUUCAAUGGAAGAGCAGCAACGCGAUUCUUUUCUAGACAUAGAUGAACACGCGAGGUCGGACCCGGUGGCCAAUAGCGGCAGGCUGCGUCUGUACUUGCGCGCGGACAGGGAGACCCAGACCGACCCGGGGAAUAUAUAUCCUCAUGGACGGGCGCGGAGCCGGACGGUAGUGAAACGUGAGGAUCAAGGCGGGGAUGAGGCGGCAGCAUUCGAUCUACCGGAUGUGAUCCCGCAGCCUCGGGACCGAUCCGUCUCCAUGCCAGAUGUGCAGUUGUACCUCCGGAGGAAGUCGGAACAGAGGGUCGGCCAGAGGCUGCGCAUUAUAUCGGACGAGUUCCACACCGCGCGAGUGACAGUCGCACGAAAUUCGCAGUCCCCUGCCUCUCUUCCGUCUAGUUUUCAAUCCCUGGCUUCCGGUCUCCGGCGCAUGUCUUCUUCCUUCUUCCGGACGGAGAGUGAACAACAACCGGAUACGGAACCCUAGCGAGCUAUGUGCAUGUACCUGUCGGCCAAAAAAAGAGCUUUAUGAGAGCCUGCAGAACCUGAAGUACGGAAUCAGGCCCAGGCAUACAACUUGCCCCUCGGUGUCCUCUCAGCUCACGCUGCAUAGGAUGUGGGAUGGCAUUGUCAUCGUGUCGGAUCACAUGUGGACAUCACACAAUGACAGCUAUCGUGAAUGAAAAAUGAUGACCAUUCAGACACUGUAACAUUCUCUAGAAAUCCAGGGUUAAAAAUAGAACCCCAAGACAAGGCCGAAUUCCCUUGAACUCAUGUUUUAGAUAGGUAUAAUUCACACUGUCAUUGUCACUGUCGCAAGAAAUCAAGGCUGUAAAAAAUCAUUGGCUUCAUUUAUUCAAGGGUUCAAAUAGGGUAUGUUGACAUUCUCUUGAAACAUAAUUGUUCUAAAAGGCUUCGAUGAUUUCUUUUCUUAAAUUAAGAGUCAAGGAGUCCUCAUUGAAAUUAUACCAUUCUUUUGAAAUCCAGGCUACAAAAAGGUUAAAUUGUCAUUGUAACAUGUUUGUGUUGAAUUCUAGGCUUCAAAAAAGUUUCAUAAACACUGUCACAUGUUUAUGCUGAAUUCAACGUUUUACUUUGUAACAUUCGUAUUUUGAAUUCCAGGCUUCAUGUGUCAUUUACAUUGUAACAUGAUUAUGUUGUAUUCCAGGCUUUAUUUACAUUGUGAAAUGAUUAUGUUGAAGUCAAGGCUUCAUUUAUAUUGUAUCAUGACCGUGUUUAAUUCAAGGCUUCAUUUACAAAGUAACAUGAUUAUGUUAAAUUUCAGGUUUCAAAAACGUUUCAUCGCCACUGUAACAUGAUUAUGUUGAAAAUCAGGUUUCAUUUACAUUGUAACAUGAUUAUGUUGUAUUCCAUGUUUCAAACAGGUAUCAUUUAGUUCAAAUACGGGGUGAAACUUACAUCAGGGUUCAGUAGGUUGCAUUCAAGUUGUAUGGUGGACUCAACUAUGUAUUUUAAUUCAUUCAAAUACCAGGUCCCAUUGACAUUUACACCAGCCAUGUGCAUUAACUCCUGGACUUCAUUAUGUCUCUUUCACAUUCUUAAUUACAAACUCAUGGAUGUCUCAUUGCAUUAUUGUGUCGAUUACCAAAUUUCCAUGUAGGGUACUUUUCUGUUUAAGGUUUUAAUUGAAUCUAUUCGGUGCUCAAACGUAAUCAAAACAUUUGCUCUCAAUACAUGUGAUCACACGUGUCCUUAAAUGCAUAUACAGGCUGUGUUGUUCCCCACAUGGUUCAAUGAAUGUAGUCAUAACCAUAGUCUUAGACGUUUUGCAGUAGUCGAGUUGUCAAGAGGUGGAUGUUAUGAAGUAAUCCUUCCUUCAGUGUUAUGAUCGUUCCCAUUAACUACCAAAUACACCAGUCCUACACUUUCAGGAAAAUCCAUAUAUGUGGAAUCUACUUGGAAAACUAGUGUGAUUGAAACCUAGAACAUAGAAAACUCUGUGAUGAAUACCUAGAACAUAGAAAACUAUGUGACUGAAACCUAGAACAUAAAAAAACUAUGUGACUGAAACCUAGAACAUAGAAAACUAUGUGAGUAAUACUUAGAACUGUGUUGUUGAUACAAGUGUAGAGAAGUUAACCAGCAUGUAUGGGAUGUAGAUAGUCUUUAGUUUAUAUAUUUAUGAACAAUACGUCCAAGCAUCUUGGUAUAUUGUAGACAAUCAAGGGUAUAUUUGGUGCAAUACGUUGAUCUCCCAUGACAUGCCAUAUCACACAUGGGCAUUCAUUUUACAUAUAUGUUUUAUUAAGCAUGACAUUUACAUUUAAUUAGUACUGAGCUAGUGCUUCACAUGUUCUGCAAUACACAAUUGUACAUAUUAAUUUCCUCCUGUAUCGUUCUGACUUCAGUGUCGCUAGUGAUCUCAUUGCAUAUACUCUGUUACUGCGUUCCAAUAAAUGAACUAUUCAAAUUA